AUGGGCGCGGCAUUUUGGACCAGGCCGAGCGAGGUCUCCCAAGGCUUGAACUACGACCUGCACAUGAAGGUUCUGAAUACCCAGGACUUCGGCAUUCCCCAGUCCAGGCGACGUCUUUACAUGGUGGCCAUUCGAGAAGAUCAGAAGGUGAAAGCCUUCAAAUGGCCAGAAAAGCGACAGCUUUCAGUCAACGCGCUGAAGCAGUUCCUGGAUCGUGCUACGUCCGGGGAGGAGAUUCUUGACCUGAGCAAACACACAAGAGCCAAAGGCAUGUCGGAAGCAGACUUAUGGGAGAAGGCUUGCGUUCUGGAUGUAGGUAGCAGCACCAAGUUUCAGUGUGGCCGGACCGGGGUGACGCCGUAUUUGACAAAAAUACGGUUAAGCUUUCAGUGA